CGCUCUCGGCGCUCGACUCGCCCGCGCCGCCGCCGCCGCCGGAGGGGCGAAGCGCAAGAUGGCGGAUAAGACGCCCGGCGGCUCGCAGAAGGCCGGCUCCAAGUCCAGAUCAUCAGAUGUUCAUUCGUCUGGAUCUUCAGAUGCACAUAUGGAUGCAUCUGGACCGUCAGAUAGUGAUAUGCCAAGUCGGACCCGACCUAAAAGUCCACGGAAACAUAAUUACAGGAAUGAGAGUUCUCGAGAAAGCCUCUGUGAUUCUCCCCAUCAGAAUCUCUCACGACCUGUUUUAGAAAACAAGCUGAAAGCAUUCAGUAUUGGAAAAAUGAGUACAGCUAAGCGGACUUUAAGUAAGAAGGAACAAGAAGAAUUGAAGAAAAAGGAGGACGAAAAGGCAGCGGCUGAAAUUUAUGAAGAAUUUCUUGCUGCUUUUGAAGGCAGUGAUGGUAAUAAAGUGAAAACAUUUGUACGUGGAGGUGUUGUUAAUGCAGCUAAAGAAGAACACGAAACAGAUGAAAAACGUGGUAAAAUCUAUAAGCCAUCUUCGAGAUUUGCUGAUCAAAAAAAUCCUCCAAAUCAGUCCUCCAAUGAAAGACCGCCAUCUCUUCUUGUGAUAGAAACCAAAAAACCUCCACUGAAGAAAGGGGAGAAAGAAAAGAAAAAAAGCAAUUUGGAACUCUUCAAAGAAGAACUGAAACAAAUUCAAGAAGAGCGCGAUGAGAGACAUAAGACGAAAGGCAGGUUGAGUCGGUUUGAGCCGCCUCAGGCAGACUCUGACGGUCAGCGUCGUUCUAUGGAUGCACCUUCAAGAAGAAAUAGAUCAUCUGGUGUUCUGGAUGAUUAUGCGCCUGGUUCACACGAUGUUGGAGAUCCGAGCACUACUAACUUAUACCUUGGGAACAUAAACCCACAGAUGAAUGAAGAAAUGCUGUGCCAAGAAUUUGGGCGAUUUGGCCCAUUAGCCAGUGUGAAAAUUAUGUGGCCUAGAACUGAUGAAGAAAGAGCAAGAGAGAGAAAUUGUGGUUUUGUGGCCUUUAUGAACAGAAGAGAUGCUGAAAGAGCUUUGAAAAAUUUAAAUGGAAAGAUGAUAAUGUCUUUUGAAAUGAAGCUAGGUUGGGGUAAAGCCGUCCCUAUCCCUCCGCACCCCAUCUACAUCCCGCCGUCCAUGAUGGAGCACACGCUUCCCCCGCCCCCGUCGGGACUGCCUUUCAAUGCGCAGCCCAGAGAGCGCUUAAAAAACCCCAACGCUCCUAUGUUACCGCCACCCAAAAACAAGGAGGAUUUUGAGAAGACUCUGUCGCAAGCCAUAGUCAAAGUGGUUAUCCCAACAGAAAGGAAUUUGCUCGCCCUGAUACACCGAAUGAUAGAGUUUGUUGUACGUGAAGGGCCAAUGUUUGAAGCUAUGAUUAUGAACAGAGAAAUCAACAAUCCUAUGUUCAGGUUCUUGUUUGAAAACCAGACACCAGCCCAUGUUUACUAUCGGUGGAAGCUUUAUUCUAUUCUGCAGGCAAAUUCUCCAACUAAGUGGCGUACGGAAGAUUUUCGUAUGUUCAAAAAUGGAUCAUUUUGGAGACCACCACCAUUAAAUCCAUACCUGCAUGGGAUGUCGGAGGAGCAGGAAACGGAAGCUUUUGUAGAGGAACCUAGUAAAAAGGGAGCACUUAAGGAAGAGCAGAGGGACAAAUUAGAAGAAAUCUUGCGGGGAUUAACUCCAAGGAAAAAUGAUAUUGGAGAUGCAAUGGUUUUCUGUCUUAAUAAUGCUGAAGCUGCUGAAGAAAUAGUGGAUUGCAUUACUGAGUCUUUGUCCAUCUUAAAGACACCCCUUCCCAAAAAGAUUGCCAGAUUAUAUUUGGUUUCUGAUGUUUUGUACAACUCUUCAGCCAAAGUUGCCAAUGCUUCUUAUUAUAGAAAAUUUUUUGAAACAAAGUUAUGUCAGAUAUUUUCAGACCUCAAUGCUACAUAUCGUACAAUUCAAGGCCAUUUACAGUCUGAAAACUUUAAGCAACGAGUAAUGACUUGCUUCAGAGCAUGGGAAGAUUGGGCAAUUUAUCCAGAACCAUUUUUGAUUAAACUGCAAAAUAUUUUCUUAGGACUUGUAAAUAUUAUUGAAGAAAAGGAAACCGAGGACGUACCUGAUGACCUUGAUGGAGCCCCCAUUGAGGAGGAACUCGAUGGUGCGCCUCUUGAGGAUGUGGAUGGGAUCCCGAUCGAUGCCACCCCCAUUGAUGACCUGGACGGGGUCCCCAUCAAGAGUCUCGAUGACGAUCUGGAUGGAGUGCCUCUGGAUGCAACUGAAGAUUCAAAGAAGAAUGAGCCUAUAUUCAAAGUUGCUCCAUCCAAAUGGGAGGCUGUCGAUGAAUCUGAGUUGGAAGCACAGGCGGUAACGACUUCUAAGUGGGAGUUAUUUGACCAGCAUGAAGAAUCAGAAGAAGAAGAAAAUCAAAAUCAAGAGGAAGAAAGUGAAGAUGAAGAAGAUACUCAGAGUUCCAAAUCCGAGGAACAUCAUCUCUACUCCAACCCGAUCAAAGAGGAAAUGACGGAGUCGAAGUUCUCGAAGUACUCAGAAAUGAGUGAGGAGAAGCGAGCCAAGCUCCGUGAAAUCGAGCUUAAAGUUAUGAAGUUUCAGGAUGAAUUGGAAUCCGGAAAAAGACCUAAAAAACCAGGCCAAAGCUUUCAGGAGCAAGUUGAACACUAUCGGGAUAAACUUCUUCAGCGGGAGAAAGAGAAAGAAUUAGAACGAGAACGAGAAAGAGAUAAGAAGGAUAAAGAAAAAUUGGAAUCUCGAUCCAAAGACAAAAAGGAAAAGGAUGAGUGUACUCCAACAAGGAAGGAAAGGAAGAGGCGGCACAGUGCGUCCCCUAGCCCGUCUCGCAGUAGCAGUGGUAGACGAGUGAAAUCCCCGUCGCCCAAGUCGGAGCGAUCAGAGCGAUCUCAUAAGGAAAGCUCCCGGUCCAGGUCGUCUCACAAAGACUCUCCCAGAGAUGUUAGCAAAAAGGCCAAAAGAUCACCAUCUGGUUCAAGGACACCUAAAAGGUCUAGGCGAUCACGGUCUAGAUCCCCUAAAAAGUCAGGGAAGAAAUCCAGAUCCCAGUCCCGGUCUCCACACAGGUCUCAUAAAAAGUCAAAGAAAAACAAACACUGACAUUUUUAAGAUGUUGUCACUUACUGGAAAUGCGGUUUUGUUUUGUGCCCGAACAGUCUUCUUUUUUUUUUCCUUUU